AUUUUGCUACUAGUAGUUUGUUUUUUGCUUACGCAGCUCACAUCAUUGACCUCUUGAUUUCGCUUAUAUUCCAUGGAGUUCUACCCCUCCGUUUCUUACUGAUAACGCACGACCAUGAAUUUCCAUUGAUUUUACAAUAACAACUUCCAAAAGGAAACUGUGGCGUUUCAACAUAGCUAUGUGUUCCAUAGAAAUUGAUGAUGAUUCAUCGCUUGUGGAAGAGACUCUUCUUCAGGAUGAAGAGAAGAGGCAAUACACAGGAGAUGGUUCGGUUGAUUUUAAAGGGAGACCUGUUCUCAAGCAGAAUACUGGCAAUUGGAAAGCUUGUCCGUUUAUCUUAGGCAAUGAAUGUUGCGAACGUCUGGCAUACUAUGGUAUUGCGAAAAAUCUUGUUACCUAUCUCACCCACAAACUGCAUCAAGGAAAUGUUUCUGCUGCCAGAAAUGUGACCACUUGGCAAGGCACUUGUUAUCUUACACCACUCGUUGGAGCCGUUCUAGCAGAUUCUUACUGGGGGAGAUACUGGACAAUUGCUGUUUUCUCUGCGAUUUAUUUCAUUGGGAUGUGCACAUUGACUCUUUCUGCAUCUGUUCCAGGAUUGAAGCCUGCUGAGUGUUUAGGUUCAGUCUGCCCUUCAGCUACUCCUGUACAAUAUGCUGCGUUCUUCUUUGGUCUCUACCUGAUUGCACUUGGGACUGGUGGUAUUAAACCAUGUGUGUCAUCUUUUGGGGCAGAUCAGUUUGAUGAUACCGAUCCCCAAGAAAGGAUUACAAAGGGAUCCUUUUUCAACUGGUUUUACUUUUCUAUCAACAUAGGAGCCCUUGUAUCAAGCACUUUUAUUGUAUGGAUUCAAGAACAUGUGGGUUGGGGUAUUGGAUUUGGCAUUCNUGCUUUAUUUAUGGGAUUAGCUAUCAGAUGCUUCUUUUUAGGCACACCCCUCUACAGAUUUCAAAAACCAGGGGGAAGUCCUAUUACAAGAAUGUUCCAGGUUGUGGUAGCAUCUUUUCGGAAGCGACAUCUGGUUGUCCCUGAGGAUAGUAGUCUUUUGUACGAGACACCGGACAAGAGAUCUGCAAUUAUUGGAAGUCGGAAACUGGAGCACAGUGAUGAGCUAAGGUGUCUCGACAGAGCAGCUGUAGUGUCUGAUGCCGAGAGAAAAAGCGGCGACCAUUCUAAUUUGUGGAGACUCUGCACUGUGACACAGGUGGAGGAAUUGAAAACCUUGAUCCGAAUGUUACCAAUUUGGGCUUCUGGCAUCGUUUUUAAUUCUGUUUAUGCCCAGCUGUCAACAAUGUUUGUGGAACAAGGAACUAUGAUGGAGACAAGUAUUGGUUCCUUCAACAUUCCUCCUGCUUCCCUCUCAAGUUUUGAUAUAAUAAGUGUUAUUUUCUGGGUUCCCGUCUACGACAGGAUUAUAGUUCCCAUAGCAAGGAAAUUUACGGGCAAAGAAAGGGGCUUUUCAGAGUUGCAAAGAAUGGGAAUUGGCCUUUUUAUUUCAAUCCUGUCCAUGUUAGCAGCUGCUGUUGUGGAGAUUAAGCGUCUGCAGCUUGCAAGAGAGCUUGACCUUGUUGAUAAACCCGUCACUGUACCCCUUAGUAUAUUUUUGCAAAUACCUCAGUAUUUCUUAUUUGGGGCAGCAGAAGUGUUCACAAAUGUGGGGCAACUUGAGUUCUUCUAUGACCAAUCUCCAGAUGCCAUGCGGAGUUUAUCCAGUGCUUUGUCGCUUUUGACUACUUCAUUGGGGAAUUACUUGAGCUCUCUCAUUCUCACUGUCGUAACUUACUUCACGACACAAGGCGGAAAUCCUGGGUGGAUUCCAGAUAACUUGAACAAAGGUCGUCUUCAUUAUUUUUUCUGGCUUUUAGCUGGACUCAGCAUCUUAAAUUUGUUGGUGUACAUAGUUUCUGCCAAAAAGUACAAGCAGAAGAAGGCUGCUUAAGAUUUUUCAGGCAUUUAUUUGGAGUGGAACCAUGUUUUGAUGUUUCCGUUUGCCAUUGGUGUGAUUGUUCUGUAUAUAUUUUAUAAUUAGAUAUUUCUGAAGUUAUGUACUUUUCUUUCACUUGCAAGAAAAUCUGUGUUAUGCCUGAUUCUAAAUAGUCUCUGCCCCACUUGUGAUGCUUUAAAGUUUUGAGAUUGCUUGAAAUUUUAUUACUGCUAAUUUAUGUCAA